AUGAAAGCAUCAUGUCUCCUCGGCAACUCCGCAACAAUAACCACCCCCCAAUUCCUGGAUCACUUCCGCCGAGCAUGGACUGAGUCGCAACGCCUUCCCGGCCUCCGCAGAUCCCUCAUUCCACGACGACUAGGAUUGGCGGUAAGCGGUGGCGCAGACUCCAUGGCCCUGGCAUAUCUAUGCAAGCAAUUAGAGAAAAGCGGGCUCGUGGAAGAUCUAUCCGUCACGGCAUUUGUGGUCGAUCAUAAAGCCCGAGAGGAGAGCUCGCGGGAGGCGAGGAUGGUUAAGGGGUGGCUUGAUGAGCUUGAAAUAACCACCAGAAUCCUGGAGCUAGACUGGUCCAGCGCCAUCACCAGUGAAGGGAAAGAAAAGCCCUCUGCGUUCGAGACAUUCGCCCGCAGACUCCGCUUCCAAGCCCUCGGGACGGCAUGUCGCGAUAACAACAUCGAAACACUAAUGAUGGGCCAUCAUCAAGACGAUAACGUCGAGACGACGCUGUGGCGGCUAUGCACGGGGGCCAGAGGUGCAGGUCUUAUGGGGAUUCCGCGCGUUGCCAGAAUCCCGGAGUGUCAUGGCAUUUAUGGGGUUGCGGAGAGUGGGAAGGCGGUUGAGUUGCCUGGGACGAGGAGGGGGGUGGUUGCGAGUGGGGGGCUGACGAUCUGUCGGCCGUUGCUUUCGUUUCCGAAGGUGAGGCUGUUGGAUACAUGCCACAAACAUGAUAUUCCCUACGUCAAUGAUCAAACGAACUUCGACCCGACUCUUACGCCCAGAAAUGCAAUCCGGAGUCUUGUCUCCGAGAAUCGCUUACCACGCGCCCUUGCACCGCCAUCUAUCCUCUCCUUGAUCCAAGCAAGCCAAGAUCUUCUCAGAGACACAAUCACCCUCUCAAAUGAAAUCCUCCGACACUGCAACCUCAUCGAUCUCAACCUCACCUCAGGAACCAUGAUCAUCCAAUUCCCACCUCUAAAAUCUGCCCAACCAACCGGUACAAUCCCAACAAGACGAACUACAAAGAACCAAGACCAGCGGAACCGCCAGAUUCAAGCUGUCACUCUACGCAGGAUAACGGAGUUGGUAUCACCUUUCCCGGAGAGUCAUUUUCCGUUGAGGGGUUUUGGGGGUUUUACGGAGCGGGUUUUCCAGCCAUUAGGCACUGAUAGACCAGAACGGCAGGCUUUCACGCUGGGAGGGGUCAUGUUUCAACCUUCUCAGAGAGAAUUGGCAGAUCAUGAAAGUGCCAGGGAUAUAUGGUUCAUAUCCCGACAACCGUUCAUGCGCCAUCGUCUCCCAAUCCUCGAUUUUACUAUCCCAGCUCCUCCCGUCACCAAGCAGCAAAAACAGCAUAUACACCGCUCUGAUAGAUAUGAAUAUACACCCUGGAAGCUUUGGGAUAACCGCUACUGGUUCCGACUUGCCAUAACACCAAACGUGCCCUCAUCCUCACCUUCGACAACUACCAGAACAAACAACGAGAAUAACGAUGUCUUCCUGGCUGAAAAUACCCUACUAGUCACGGUUAGACCGCUGCAACAAGCAGACAUACACCAUCUACGAGAAUAUCUAUCUUCCUCCCCUUCCCCUUCGUCAUCCUCGUCACAAUCCACGACAUCAUCACAACAUCAACAACCGAAACAAACCCAGAACAAAAAACGAAAGAAAGUCAACCCCCUCUGGACACAACUAAACGACACCCUUUCUCAAGAAUUACCAGGUCAAUCUCGAUUCACCAUCCCCGUUUUGUUUAUUAAGCAUGGUGGAGAAGAGAGAGUACUCGCAUUACCAACAUUAGACAUCCACUUCCCAUUAUCGAUGUCUAUAUCCAAUUCCGUUCCAGGAGAAAGAAUACCAUGUGAAAUACGCUGCGAAUGGAUGUACAAAAUGAUCGACGGAGAAACUGUCAAGUCAAUGUCUGGCUGA